AUGGUGUUGGUGUUUGCAGGUAUUGAAGCUAAUAUUUCCUUGGAGAUGGCCCCGUGCGAUCACUAUCAGGGUAACCUUUGCCACCAGGAGGUUGAUCUUGUGGAAGCUCUUCCCCUCCUGUAUAUGAAAAACUUUGCUUUCCAUCUUACGCUUCUCUUGAUUUGCCCGUGGGGGUGUAAGCGGGGAAAGGUACUACCAUCGGACGAAGAGACUGAAUUCAAUGAUGUGAGCCUUCGUCCUCGUAAGAUACACAAGACGGUGUAUGUGCACCUGCUUCUUGGUGGUAUUGGAGAUGUUACUGGUGAUAAAUUUGUUUUGCCUGGGCAAAAAAAGAUAACAUUGGUGCCUAGUUCUUUAAAGGCAUCACCUUCGCCGUUUAUCGGCUCGUUCUCAGUUGAUCCUGGUUCCAGCUCCAUGCUUCGCGGGUGCACUAGGCACAUCAGAAGAUUCUUCCCCAUUGGACAAGCAUUCCAUGGUUGA